CUUCAUUAUUCCUGUCUCUGCUACCCCGGUCUUCCCCUGCCCUGCGGCCUACAAAAUUCACCCCAUCGCGGACCAGUUUGUCCGAGAGAUGAGUGCCCCGAUUGGCUCCUGUGGAGUUGGAUUCGCCCAGGAGAAUUGAUUGUUUGACCGGCGGUGGAGGGAGUUUAGGAUGGGGGAAGUUCGCAGCAUGAGGACAACUCCGCUUCCAUCGCCGGCCGAGGCCCCUUCGCCUAUCGCCGCACCUCACUCCCACCGUCGAAACUCCUCCCAAUCAACUGGUUUUAUUCCCAUUCAAAAUGCUGGAUUUUCAGUCGAUGCAGACGCGAUUUCGGAGAACAGUGCCUGGAAUGCUAACUCUCAUUCUUGUCCUUUGUCGCAUGAGCAGACAGCGAACGCGUGCCAUAUCCAAACCCCCACGAAGAAAGACAGCCCUGAAGCGGGCAAAUACCCGGAGGACCAGGGUCGAAGCUUGCAGACCCUCAGAGAGCUCCGCCGGCAGAUGGAAGAGUUGCUUGUGUACCAGCAGAUGCAACAAUCACAGAGCCAGACCUCAUCGGCCAAUCGAGAAACCCCGCCGUCGCAAACGGACCCUCUACCAAGUUCUCCCGGAUCGACAAGAAAGAAGCCUCUCAAUGUCUCGUUUGCCAAAGUCACUUCCUCCUCGGGAGAACUUCCUUCGGCCUCUUACUCCGACUCGACCGGCUCUGGCGGCACAAUAAGAGCCGUAGAUACCCCCGAAAACUUCCCUUCACAAACUCCGUCCUAUCCGUUUCCGAGAAUGCAGACGCAACCCACGUCAAGGCCGGCGCAGCCUACAGCGAAACCCACGCAGGAAUCCCCGAUAAACCGCAGUGCUUUCAAAUUGACACUUCCGUCCGAGAAGAUGAAGAUUCAUAUGGCGUCGUCGAAACUCGCAGAGGAAUCGCAGCCGACAGGAACAGAUACACAGCACUUCCAAAGUGUUUUUCUCCCGCCCAAUUACAAGAGCGUGGUCGAGGACCCAAAUUAUCCCAGCCCGAAUUUAUAUGAGCUCACUUUGCGAUUGAAUGCAGAUCCGGGUCUCGAUGCGUGGUGGACGAAUGUGGUCCACAUAUUACAAGCGCACUAUGGAGCUGAGAGGGCGUCGCUAGCCGUACCGGGUGAUGCGACAGACCUGGAAAACGUUCCAUGGGGUCAGAAAGCGGUUUUCGACCGGAAUAUUGAGACGGAGUCGCAGGCUCGGCAUCUGUACGAUGGAACGACGACAACGCGAGACGAUGACCUAAAGGAGAACAAGGACGUGUCGAGGAGGAAUGAAGUGUCUGCUGCGGAAGCGCUUGCGAAUGGUUCGAGCGCAAAGUCACCAAAGCGCCCGUCCCUUUUGUCGCGACACUCCUUCGCUGGGUUUGGCAAGGAGAGAAAGAACCACAAUUUGCAUGAAACAGAUGCGCAGCACCUUCGGGGUCUUAAGGCCCCGUCUAAACCGGAGAACAAACGCACGUGUACCAUCGAAACCCCGGCUGGAACGGAACCGGAGCAGUCAUCCAGGCCGCUGAGCUCUUCGCAGAACAAUCUUCGACAGGCCGUCUUUCCGAUACCAAGACCCCUGGAGGUGGAAACAGAUCCGCUUGUCAAGCGAACUGGCGUGGUGAAGUUGUUCGGACGAACAGAACCCGUUGUUCUGACUCGUGAAUAUUCACAGGGUUUGGCGAUUGAUGAACCUCAUUGCGAAACCCCCGAAGACAGGAUUCAAGUCACGCCCACCGCCGAACCCUGCGGCAAUCAGCCACCGCACACAGUUCCCGUAUCCAACCCCACUGUUCUUGGUCUCCAGGGAGAGCGGAUGCCGGCAAUGGAGUUUUUCGACGAAUAUGAACAAAUACCACCAUCACCCUGGUCGCAAUCUCCAGCGCCUUCCCCAGCACCUCGUGCUCAUGCGGAACAGAACCCCUUCUUUGUGAGCCACGCUGUUGAUGAGGAAGCGUUCGCAAAGCAUCCUCCGCCUCACGACUACUCCAACCUGAACCCAUUAGAAGCCAUUGGUGUCGACAUGGCCAAAUCUGUGGUCCAUAUCCCGCUUCUGCACGCCGGACGCUCCAAGCAAACAUCACCAUCUACAUUACGAUUUCCCGUUGCAGUGAUCUCAAUAUUAUCACCAAUAAUGCCCUAUCCCUCGAAUCUGAGAAAGUCUUUGGCUUAUCUCAUGCCUCACCUGACGACCUCGUUCUGUUUAGCUCAACAAUAUAGCCAGCUUGAGCGCCAAGUGACUUCUCGACUCGAGGCUCCUCGAUACGGACAUCUUCUUGGUCUCGGUGGAACAUUUUCAGAUGAGAGUAGUGAAUUGGAGCUUGUCGCUGGCCUCAGCGGUCAUGUCCAUUACACUAUAGGGGAUGAUGGGUCUCUUUCAGCACGUGCCAGCCUUUCUAGCCCCGAAGAAAGAUCAAAUUCGGCGAAACUUAGCCCUGCUGUACCCGGGAUCGGUACACCUGGAUUUGACUUGAGCACUCUUGGAACGGGGGCACACAUUGAUACCAAUGAGUCACCCGGACUGACCACGAGAGUCGGCGGUGACGGCGUGGACAGCUACUUCAAUGUUCAGCAGUCGAAGCACAUCCGAGACGCAAUUACUCAGCACCGGAAUAGACUGUCAAAGGCGAAACAGAACGUUACUACCUCAACUCCUACGUCACCUGGGAAGUUCCUCGGAAAUCUUCCGAUGGAUGAAGAACUGGCCACGCAGGUUCAAAGCCCGACAGGGAUUUCCCCAUCGCAGGAUAUCAGGGCGCCGCCGGUUAUAUCGCCGACGCAGGCCUCUUCCCGCCAACCGUCAGCGAACUCCUUCUACGCUCAUUUGCAACGCGAGCUCCCACGUCCGUUCACCGAUACUGUAGCACAGCUGAUGCUGAACUCAGUUCCUCUUCACCUCUUCCUUGCCAAGCCCCAGAGUGGUGAGGUUAUCUGGACAAAUUCGAAAUUCGAUGCUUACAGGAGGAGCCAACCCCAGGAGCAGAAGCUCAGGGAUCCUUGGCAAAACAUCCACAACAGUGAGCGGCAACAAGUGUCCCAGGAGUGGGCUAAUGCUCUACGGACUGGGUCUCAAUUUACGGAGCGAGUGCGCGUGAAGCGCUUUAAUGACGAGUCGGCUUAUCGCUGGUUUAUUUUCCGUGCCAACCCGCUUCUGUCUGCUACAGGAGAGGUGCUGUACUGGAUCGGAUCAUUCCUUGACAUACACGAACAGCACAUUGCUGAGUUGAAAGCAACACAGGAGAGGGAGAAGUUUGCGACUGACGCUAAAUACCGAGCAUUUUCCAAUUCCAUCCCGCAAAUAGUGUUCGAAGCGACUGAAUACAGGGGUCUCAUAUUUGUCAACGAGCAGUGGCACCUGUAUACCGGUCAGAAGCUUGAAGAAGCACUGAACUUUGGCUUUGCAAAGCAUGUUCAUCACGAUGAUUUGGAGAAGUGUGGCUUGCUUUCACUGUACCUCUCCGAGGCACAGAAAAAUGGGAGCGCCACUGAGUCAGGCGAGGCAGCUGCGGAAGGGACAACGUCCAAGGAGAAACAAGUUGGCCAUGGUGUUACACCUGCAUUGGAGGACCUUGUAAGACGCGGAGUUGCCUCUGUACAAAGAGACGAAAAUGGACGUGUCUUCUACUCGACAGAAAUAAGGAUACGGUCAAGAGGUGGGGAUUUCAGGUGGCAUCUUGUUCGCCUGGUAUGUGUCGAAACGAGCAGCUUUGGCAGCGGAGAAGCCUCGUGGUACGGAACUUGCACCGAUAUCAACGACCGCAAGAAUCUCGAGCGGGAGCUCAACAAAGCUAUGCAGCAACUGAACAACCAGAUGGAAUCGAAAACCAAAUUCUUCAGCAACAUGUCCCACGAAAUCCGAACUCCACUGAACGGCAUCUUGGGCACCAUUCCCUUCAUUCUCGAUACCCAGCUGGACACCGAUCAAAGGCGAAUGCUUGACACGAUCCAGAACAGCUCGACCAAUCUACGUGAACUGGUUGACAAUAUUCUAGAUGUUUCCCGAGUGGAAGCCGGGAAAAUGUCGCUAGUUAACUCGUGGUUCCAUGUACGGUCUGUGAUUGAAGAUGUUAUCGACACCGUUUCAUCCCGAGCGAUCGACAAGGGUCUCGAGAUCAACUAUCUGAUGGAUGUUGAUGUCCCCCCUAUGGUAAUUGGCGACAGGUUCCGAAUUCGACAAGUCCUCAUCAAUCUUGUUGGCAACGCCGUCAAGUUCACUGCCCAAGGAGAGAUUCACAUUUGCUGCUCAAUUUACCAUGAUGCUUCUGCGCAUAUCAAGAGAACAGAACUUCUGCUGAACUUUGAUGUCGUGGAUACUGGAAAGGGCUUCAGUGCGAGAGACGCGGAACGUCUGAUGCAGCGAUUCAGUCAGCUUGGGCAGAAUGGAUCGCAGCAGCAUGCGGGUAGUGGUCUUGGAUUGUUUCUGUCCAAGCAGCUUGUUGAAAUGCAUGGCGGCAGGUUGACCCCUAGCAGCAAGGAGGGUCAAGGUGCCAAAUUUUCGUUCCAUGUUAAAGUGGACGCUCCGCCGCCGCCAUCUCCCGACGAACCUCGAAGUCUUCAAAACAUCCCCGAGAGCCUUGGACCGCAACCGAAGCCUAGUUCACUGAAAAAGCUGCUCUUUUCGAAAGAGUUGCUUGACAAUAAAGGUCUGGACUCAGCCGAACUAUCAUCCGCUCUCGAAUCAUCACUCUCGAAGGCCCGAAUCAACACAGACACUUCACGUCUCCCAUCGAGCACUUUGUCCAACCGAUCAUCCUUUUCCUCGGCCCUCCCGACUCCUGAUCUCAGCUCGGUGGAUCCUCUGGCUAAGGUCGACACUUCCAAACCCACCCCAAGCCAGACCAGCGUCUCUACUCCGGGUCUACCAGACACAGUAACGCCCGACAGCGGUGAUGCUCCGCCAGUGAUUCAACCUUCUCCGCCACACACGGAAGAAUCUCCCACGCCCACCCAGCCGACAGAAUUAAGUACUGGAUCGGAAGCAAAGCAAACGUCAACCGCGUAUUCUAUACUUAUCCUGUGCCCCUUGGAUAAUACUCGCAAGGCUAUCAAGCAACACAUUGAGCAGGUGGUGCCCCUGGAAGUUUCUUUCUCUAUCGCCUCGACGCCAGAUGCUGAAGAUUGGAGAGACUCGGUGAAUGACGACUCUCUUUCGAAGCUCACACAUCUAGUCCUCAAUUUGCCGAGUGUCGAUGAUGUUCUAGACGUGAUUCAAUAUGUUUCAGAGAGUGAUCCGGCUACCGCCCCGACUCUCGUCAUCAUAUCGGAUCUUUACCAAAAACGACAGAUUAAUACAAAGAUCAAGGAGCUGGCAUCUACUGGGAAGCGUGUAUAUACAGUGCCAAAGCCGGUCAAACCCUCCGCCUUCUCCGCCAUCUUCGACCCCGACAACCGACGCGAUCUGAGUAAGGACAGGAACCAGGACAUGGCAAGAGAGAUCAACAAUAACUUCAAAACCAUGUCCAAGAUGGUGAAAGAGGUUAUUGGGAACAAAGGCUAUAGGAUAUUGCUCGUUGAGGACGAUGAUACGAAUCGCAUGGUGAUGUUGAAAUACCUCGACAAAAUCAAAGUUAUGGCGGAGACAGCUACAAAUGGCCAGGAGUGCACAGAGAUGGUAUUUUCGAAGGAACCGGGAUACUACUCCCUCAUCAUAGUAAGUACAUGAAUGUCUCACCGAUUGUAGUCGAUUUGCUCACCCUCACAGUGUGAUAUCCAAAUGCCGAUCAAGAAUGGUUAUGACACAUGCCGUGAGAUUCGUGGUUGGGAAUUGAAGAAUCACUACCCCCAAAUACCAAUCAUGGCCCUUUCAGCGAAUGCAAUGACGGAUCAAAUCGAG